AUGUUUCAUAUAUCAUCUCUUUACUUAAUGGUCAAUAAAUGUCAAUUUAAUGAAUAUCAUCAUGCUUUAAGACAUGAACUUGAAUCUAGUCUUCUUUACCUUAAUUUAUGUCAAUCAAGUCUUAUUUCAUCUUUUACAUCAACUCUACCAGUAUCCAAAGAUAGAUUUAUUUAUCGUUUAACUAUUCUUCACCUAUCUGUGGAUUUCGUUCGUUCGUCCCAUAAAAAAGCUCGUCUUAAUCAAAUGAAAAAUAAUCUUCAAUCAGAUGAUCAUCUUUCACAUGCUUUCUUUCUUUUUCAAUUAUUUACUAUUGUACAAUUAUUAAUCGAAUCAACAAACAAUUAUUCAAAGGAAGAUAUUGUAAAAGAAAAGAAAACAUUUGCUUUCAAUUUCAAUGGUCAAGAAUUUUACUAUCGAUUAAAAGCAUGA